AACUAUCAGGCGGACGGCGGAACAAGGGAAAACAGCUGCGAGCACUAAAGAAGACCAACGCACAAGACGGGACGCGCGUGUACAACGUCCCGAGAAAGAAAACCACCCUGAAGACACGUACGGCGGUUAUUUUGUGGUGUUUCCAGUCGAUGUGUUUGGCCCUGUCGGGCUGUCGAACCUACCUGGGAUCGACAGAACAGAAAACGGAUAUUUUUCCUCCCAAAGUGCUCCUAUUUCGGGCACACCCGUUGGCUUCCUGGAUACUACAGUGGAUGCUAGUUCCUGAGAAGACCUGUGUGAUUCCCACUGUGGGCGGACGCAGGCAGAGGAAAGACUGCCAGCACGGGAGGGGACAAGGCGACCUGACCCCGGCGGACGCCUCGGCCAGGCCGGACCAAACCGAGGGAGAAGUUUCGGUGUCGAGGGGAUUGUGGGUGUGAUGACCCUGUCAUGAUGACGCCGUUAUUCUGCAAGCCCCGCCCAGGCGACGAGGGCGGGUGUUUGUCGCUGGCAGCCAAUCACAGAUGGAGUCCCACUAGAGUCACCUGUGGUCCCUCUACAGAAGAACCUUUUACCAGGAGCCUGCCACAGCACUGACCAGGCACACUGCCCCUUUUUUGUGGACACCAUUUCCAGAUGUUGUGUGUCCACGAGGGCCCGAUUAGACAAGUACAGGCACUAAGGUGCUUGGCCACUCAUCGUCUUGCUUGAGGCCGCAUGGCAGCCCCACACCAGGAACUUUAGGUCUUCACACCCGUCUACGCCCUUUGGCGUCGAACACGCAGUACUCUGGUCCUCCAGCAGAGCAAACAUGCGGCACAUUCACGUGGAGCUGUCCCACAAGAAGGCUCCACCGGAGCUCCCGGCCCACGAAGGCGAUCUGCCUCCCCCCACGGCCCCCGCGCAGGGACCGGACCUGGGUGUUCGACCGGGGGCCGCCAGGCACUUUGACCAGGAGGACUUGCGCCAUCAAAAGGUCUACCAGCUCUCCAUUUUCUCCCAGCUGGGCGGGUUUUCGACAACCACGGACGCCCACGGCGAUGCUCAACAGAGGCCUGUUCGCUUGGGUGUAAAACGAGGGCUGGAGGAGCCCCAGUUGACUCACAAGCGCCCCCUUGUGGCAGACUGUUCCGACAUAGAAGUAUUCCAGGGGGGAGUGUUGUGUGGGCCAGCGGUGGGGGUGGGCUUAGUCAAGGGCUCUGGUGGGUCUGGUUCUCUGUAUUCUUGCACACAAAUGGAGCACAGAGACUCUGAGGAGGGGGCACUGCCCAGAUCUCCUCCCCUCUCCCCAAACCACAACCCCUCCCGGCGUCCAGCUCAGCACAAUCACGACAGGCCCGUCCCCCUCUCGCCAAAAUCCCCUCCAAUGUGUGACCCUCACGGGCACCACUGUGACCAGGCGUAUUCUCUCGGAAGCUCGGUCAAAGCCGACGCCCCCAACGGGGGCCGCACACCCACCUACUCGCUCGGGAGCCCCGGAAGUGAGAGUUGUAGCAAUGGCACGACCGGAGGACAGCCCAGCCCGCAUUUAUACGACAUGGCCACCUACGAGACCCCAAGUCCUGCCAGCCCCACGAGCCCGCCAGGGCCCUUUUCCCCCCCGCACCACACGGAACUGCAAGAACCGGGAGAGGCCACGGAGUGGGACGUCGGACUGGAAUCCUCUCCCCCGGAGCGGAGCGCGACCCAAGCUGCCUCCUCCUCCCGCCACGGACUGUCUUCCUGGGAGAAGACUCCCAGCAACAGCGGCCACCGGCUAUCCUCUGCGGGCCCCUGGCCGGCCAAGAAGAGGUUACUGUCCCCCAGCGAAGCCGUGGAGUCCUGCUCAGAGGACGAGGGACCUUCCACUUCCAAGAGGAGCAGGUUGUCACUGCUGGCCCCCGGACUGGGACCGGCUUCGUGUCGCAGCACAGAUGCCAAAGCUGCGCCGUACUGGAACCAUCUUCUUCCUUCGGCGAGGGACCGCCCUAAGUGUGCCACAGACUGCACCAGGUCAGGGAGGCGACUAAAGAGUGCCGCACGUCUAAAAAGGCAGCUGCGCAGCGGCAGACAUGCUGAGUGCAGGACCUCGGCCCACUCCAGAUGGCCCUCCUCUUCCAUCAGCAGGUCACUUCUAGGCAACUUUGAGGAGUCGAUGCUGAAGGGCCGCUUCUCACCAUCGGGCUGCAUCGAGGGCUUCACAGCGGAGAUCGGGGCCAGUGGCUCCUACUGCCCGCAGCACGUCACUUUACCCGUACAGGUUACAUACUACGACAUGUCCGAGCACAGCGCGCCCUCACCCUUCCUGGGUGUGAUCUCCCUGGAGCAUCUUGGCAAGAAAGGCUACAACAUACCCAAAGCAGGGACCAUUCAAGUGACCUUAUUCAACCCCAACAAAACUGUGGUGAAGAUGUUCCUGGUGACGUACAACCUGGACGACAUGCCCACCAAUCACAUGACCUUCCUGCGCCAUCGCAUCUUCCUGAUGCCCGUGGAGGAGGGGAAGGAGGAGGAGGAGAAGAAGCACGGGCUGCUAGAGAGCAGGAAGAUCCUCUGCUACCUGAUACAUCUCAGAUUCCACAGCUCCAAAUCUGGGAAGAUCUACUUGCACAACGACAUCCGGCUGCUAUUCUCCCGCAAACCCGUGGAAGUGGACACGGGGAUCCCUUACGAGCUGAAGUCCUUCACCGAGGUGCCAAGUAACCCCAAGUACUCCCCGCGUGUGUGACAAGCCACGCCCCCCAAAGAGCUCCCUGAACACCUUGUGCUUCCUGGAAGAGGAGGGACCGCCACAAAGACUUGAUGAGGAGACGCCAAACGCCUACGAAGACACUUUGGUGUGUAUAAAGGAACACACACGUUCUUGUAGUUCUUACCUUCUUGGGACCUCCUAAAAAUGCCUCCCUCUUUAGAACCACCCUUUGUAGAUAUAUACAGAUUUAUAUUUACAACAUUAAUAAUAUAUACAUACUAUGCAAAUAUAAAAAAGAUAAGCAU